UUAAAAAAAAAAAUUUGCAACAAAGCACACUUUGUUGUUGUUGUAAUACAAUUUUGUUCAAAAUUCUGUGCCGUGGAAAUUGUUCUAAUCUGCAGUGUCGCCUAGCAUCGGUAUGCUGAAGUGGGUUAGCGCAGCGACGCGCCAAAGCGCGUGGCUAUCCACAACAACAACAACACCAACAAUACCAAUGGCGAAUGCUAAAAAGUCAACAACAAAACACACGCAGCAACAACAGCUGACCUCCAAAUCAACAUCAAUCAAUUUCGGCAUGUGGCUGCUAACAACCGUGUAUAUAAUGGCCGCAUUUGUGCAGGUGACAAAUGGAUUUAAGCCAAUUGAUGUGAACAACAGUGAAGGACGUAAGCUUUUCGGCGGCUACCGGAUAACACCGAAACAUUGUCGCGCCACCAAAACGCUGGCGAUUAAUGACCCACGUAAAAAUGGACCCACCAUCUGUAUGUUCAAUCACGAAUGCGCGCAACGCAAUGGUGAGGUGGUGGGCGCGUGUAUGGAUGGUUUUCUCUUUGGCGCGUGUUGUCAAAUACCCAGCGAACAGGAUCUUGAGACUACGCUGCUGAAUGAUGCACAGAACUCGUACUAUCAACAACAUCAACAACAGAAGCUGCAAGAUGAGUAUGGCGGCGCCAAUCAAGCGGUGGCACAAUCUUACGAAACCUAUGGAGAGAGCCAACAGCAGCACUCGCAAGAGACCAAAUAUAGUCCACCCACUUUCAAACCAAAGCCAAAACCACAGCGCAUACAGAAACCACAACAACAGCAACAAUAUAAGCCACAACUACCGAAACCCAUCUAUGGUGAUGUGGUGGACACGGCAUCCGAAGAGGUUAAACAACCAGAGAACAGUUAUACGCAAACCAAUAUCGAUAAAGUCUUCCAGCAACUGGAGAGUAGCAGCAGCGCUGUCAAUUCCUAUGAAGCAGUGCAAACGCAACAAGAUGAAGUGCCUAGUAAUAAGUACCAAUCACAGGAAUCAGUGCCAAACACAAGCACCCUGUAUAUGAUGGAGUCGCUGGAGAGCGCACAGCAGGAAAUACAACCUUCAGUUGGACCCACUGCUUCGUACUAUGAACAACCGCAGUCCAUGCAGGUGGAUAGUCAGCAGGCUGAUAGUCAACAGCAGGAAGAAGAGAUACAGGAACAACAGCAGGAGAAACAACAGGAGCAGCAGGAACAACAACACGACAACCAUGAUAUUUCAAUUGAGAGCGCAUCACAGCCCAAUUCGGUGGAUGCAGCUGCUAACAGCGCAGACUCGAGCACGCAGUCUUCCAGCGUCGAGUUGGAGCAGGAAGCACAAAUGCAAACCGAUCAAGUUGCUGCAAGUACAAAUAUUGUGCAUGAGUCCAAUCCACGUCCCGUCCACAUACCAUUCACCACCGCGUCACCAGUGUUCAAUGAUGACUUCGUCUUAGAUCUGCUAAGCACAACAUUACCACCGACAUUCGAUGAUGAACCGGCCUCGCUUACCACAACGGGUUUGCCAAUGCGCAUCGUGAAUGGACUCACCGAACCCAAUAGCUCAUCGGAAUCGAACUCCUUCGAAGAGUUACCAGUAACACAAAAUCCAGUGCAAGAAAAUGAGUGGGAAGCGAAUACCACCGAAGAGGAUUCAAAAACCGAGUCGCAAGAGCAACAGACCGCCAAACCGCAACAGCAGCCACAACAGCAAUCCAAACCACAACCUCCACUGCAACCGAAACCACAUCCCAAACCACAGUCGCAGCAACAGAGCCAACGACCACAAAUACAAAUGUCUCGGCCACAACCGGCUCGGCCACAACCGGCUCGGCCACAACAAGUACAACAGUCCCAGCAACAGAAGCAAAAACCGCAACAGCAACAGCAACACAACCACAAUCAUCUCAUACUUGAUGGUGCCGAGUUCACACACAGCGACAUCACACAUCCCGGUGCCGAUGCCGACUUAAUCGAGGACGAUUUGCAAUUCUCAACCGGCUAUGGACCACAACCUGUGUACAUGGAAGCGCCUGUGCGUCAACCUUCGCCCAUCAGCUAUCAGCCAACAACCACCACAACAACAACACAUGCAUCGCUGGCGGCAGAAGACAAAUACGAUUUGAUACAAAGCGUCCAGGAUGAGGAGGCCAGCAAGAAACCACCCACAUAUGGUGAGCCUACAACCGGCACCUCUAUCACCACGCAUGUGGACUCCAUCGAAUCCAUAAUAUUGCAGUUGAAUGGCACAACCAAUCAUGGUCCUACUUAUAAUAUUGUCAGUCAGCAACGACCACAAACGGUCUCAUAUGAUACGGAAGUCGAUGCGUCGGCAAGCAAAUAUGAGCCAACUGGUAGUGCACAACAUUAUGGCACAACAACACCAAAUGUACCCAUCACAACAGGUGAAUCAGUGUAUGGCGGUGCAACAACAAAUUAUUAUGAUGAAGUAGAGACUAAACGUCCAGUUGACUACGACGCCGACAAUGAACAAUCGAAUACACCAAACUACUCACCGGUCACAGCGCAAGUUCCUGCUUAUUUGGAGACCGUAAGCACCGACCUACAUGCCAUCCCAUCUGUUGCACAACAACAGCCGGUACAUUCGUAUGUGUCUAAGCCUGUCACCCACGAAGUCCAUAGUUCAACGACCGCUGUCAACUAUGCUGAAGACGCUGCCGAAGUGCUGGACGAACACACAAUGCCCGCAAAUAAUUAUAAUGAUGUAUUGCAAUCGUCGUCACAUCAAACGCACGAGUUCAACAAGAUGCCGGCGCUCGGUAUUGCCUAUCCAGUUGAUAUGUCGCAUAUGGAGGAAGAGGGUAACUUUGCGCCAGAUGUUGCAAGCAAUUAUGGCGCACAAAGUCAUGUACAGCAUACAACCACACAGGGCACAGUCGACAAAAUAGCGGAAGUAGAAACAGCAGACACGAGCUAUGCGCAAGUACCCGUUAUUGCUGGUAAGCCACAACGUCCCGUAGCGCCGUAUGUCGGUAUGGUGAAUGUACAGAAUUACAAUGGUGCCAAGCUGCCAACAACCGUUGUGUACAAUGAUGUGCCUCAAGAAGUAUCCGUCUCAUCGCAUCCAACUAAAGUGCAGGAUACUCAAGCACCUUCGUCGUCUUAUCUUACACCCAAACCGGACACAUUGACUACAAUACAAUAUGUAGACCAAAGUACUGUCGCACAACGUCCAACAAUUAGCAAGACGACCACGUCUGCCUAUUUGACACCAACCACCACACCUGUGCCACCACGUCCACAAUAUGAUGCAGCACCUGCUGUUACGUCAACACCACGUCCAGUUUCCGGUAUAAUCACCUCGAGCGGUACUAGACCACGUCCUCGUCCACGUCCAAAACCAAGUACCACACGUCCGAAUAACAAAAAGACGAAACCAAGUUCGGCGAGGAAACCCACAACAGCAAAACCAUUGAACAGUUACAACCAGACACCACCACAGCCUGCCAAUAAUUAUGGUGGCGCACAGUUACAAACAAAGAAACCAGCCGCUCAACCCGCUAACAACUAUGAAGCGCCAAACUUCAAUACUAAGAAACCAGCUGCACAAACCUCGAACGACUAUCAAGAACCCAAUUAUAAUAAAAAGAAACCGGCACAACAACCAGCCAACACAUACAAUGAAAAUACCGCGGAUAAUGGUUAUGUUCAGCGACCAGUACAAGCCUCAUAUGCGCAAACACAACAACCUGCGAAGAAACCGUCGAAACAACCGACCAAACAAGGCGUAAAACAGCCAGUCAAACAACCCGCCAGCACCUACCAACACAACAAGCCAACAUAUGUGAAACGUCCGACGACGCAACCACAGCCCAGCAAUAACAACAACGCGAAACCCGCUUCAAAUACCUACAAUGUAGAGCCAGUAUAUCAGCGACCCGAGCAGCAACCCACCUACAAUGCGGAGCCUGUGACCAGAAAACCCGUCAGUCAGUCAACAAAUACCUACAAUGAACAAACGAAUACUUAUGGUUCUACAACGGCGACAAGGAAACCAAUUAGCCACACGGCAGCCAUCUAUGAAGACCAUGUAGAAGAACAAAAUGUGCCUGUAGAUACACAAUUGCCCACAGACAACUAUGACACAUAUCCUCAGGAUACUAAAUUAACAUCACAGGAUUAUGGUCAAGACUAUGAUAAACCAGAUGCUUCAUACGAUCAAAAUGUUAAAGUACCACAACCCACUUUCGAAUCGGACGCGUAUUACCCAGCGCCACUACCUUCGAACAACUUCAAUCAAGAGCAAGUAAGCGGCUCCACAAAUCGGCCCAUCAUUGUACGCAAACCAAGUGUGGAAAGCGCUGCACCUACUACAUCUCGUCCAAGCACAACAUUUAUUUACCACGACUCCGAGGUACCGCCACUUGUGGCUGCCGAUGACAAGCUCGAUGCUUUCGGUGCUGUACAGUCUCAAGUCUUUGGUGGUGAUGUUAAGCCACAGUAUGCGGACCGCCCACAAUAUACCUACGUACAUAAGAAACCAGGCUUCGUCAAGGUAACAUCGAAACCAAUAUCCACCACGAAUGGAGUUAUCACACCCAAACCAACGCUAUUCACACUCGUCACAAACAGCGACUGGCCGCAAAGACCGAGCAGCGCCGGCACCAUCUUCGGUGAUAAUGCAUUCCCACCAACAACGCCAUUGCCCGCCCUCAGCAGCACCUCAUAUAUCUACAGUCCGGUAGUGACAAGACGUCCUGACUUGCCUCUAAAUACGCCCGAAUAUGUCAACCUAGCUGGAGUCACAAGUAAUGACUUCGAUGAUCCAGGUUACUAUGGUGUGCAGAAUGUAGGACAAAACGUUGCACAGAAUGGCGUGCAUCCGGCUUUCACGCAAUCAGUCGCUGAUACCGAAUAUGGUGUGCCAUCCGAUGAUCGUCCCGCAUUCCCAGGCUACUUUGGACCAACACCGACUUACCCACCAUUCGCCAUACCUGGUGAGAAACUUGGCGCGCCCGUCGAAGAGGAAACUUACACAUCACCUAAUGACUUCGUGAACUUCCCACCUGUACGCAACCCUAACCUCAACAUGUCGGCCACAUCGAGCGCGGUGACCACCGAUUUGGAACUGUCGACACCCGCCUUCGUCGAGGAUGGUGUUCUCAAGGACAAAAUGAAUACUUUAGUGCACAAGAUCGUCGAAUCACUGCAGGGUAACUUCGAUGCCUUGGCAGAUAUGAUUGAUGAAGCCAAUAACACCGCACCAGCUGCACCACCGUCCACAUAUCAAGCCGCCGGCGCUGGCGCUGGAGGCGCGGCUACAACACGCAAACCGACCAGAAAACCAACACGUUUAGCCACACAAAGACCGACCACCAAACGACCAGCAACACGUGUGACCACCAAACAACCGACACGUAGACCAGCAACAACCACAAGACGUCCGGCUACGAGACGACCCACAACGACCACACGUAGACCGACAACACGCAAGCCUACACGUCGUGUAACCACAACAACAACAACACAAGCACCAGUCCAAGAUGAGUUGAUCGAUGAAGAGGACGAAGAAGAUGUGAAUCCAAUAGAUAAUGAGAUCGAUGGUGAUCAGGAUGAGAUUUACGCUGGCGCUGGUGGACGCAAAUUUAAAUGCGGCGUACGGCCACACAUCAAAUCUGGCAGAAUUGUAGGCGGCAAAGGUUCCACAUUCGGCGCUUACCCAUGGCAAGUGCUCGUACGUGAAUCCACAUGGUUGGGACUAUUUACCAAGAACAAGUGUGGCGGUGUUUUGAUAACGAAUCGUUAUGUCGUCACAGCGGCGCAUUGUCAGCCGGGCUUCCUGGCUUCAUUAGUCGCUGUUAUGGGUGAGUUUGAUAUCUCUGGCGAUUUGGAGAGUAAACGUGCUGUUACGAAGAAUGUGAAACGUGUCAUUGUACAUCGUCAAUAUGAUCCGGCGACAUUUGAAAAUGAUUUGGCGCUGCUUGAGCUCGAGAGUACGGUACAAUUUGACACACAUAUAGUGCCAAUUUGUAUGCCCAACGACCAAGCAGACUUCACCGGUCGCAUGGCGACAGUCACCGGUUGGGGACGACUCAAGUAUGGCGGCGGUGUGCCAUCUGUUUUGCAGGAAGUUCAGGUGCCAAUUAUUGAGAACAGCGUCUGUCAGGAAAUGUUCCACACGGCGGGGCACAACAAAAAGAUUCUGAGCUCAUUCCUGUGCGCCGGCUAUGCAAACGGGCAAAAGGACUCGUGUGAGGGUGACAGCGGUGGUCCAUUGGUGCUGCAACGACCCGACGGUCGUUACGAAUUAGCCGGCACUGUAUCACACGGUAUCAAAUGUGCGGCGCCAUACCUGCCCGGUGUCUAUAUGCGUACGACAUUCUAUAAGCCUUGGCUGCGUAGCAUAACGGGUGUCAAAUAAAUAACGUAACACACACAGCGUUAAGCAAUAGUCGAGCACAACAACAGUAAACAGCAACAACAAAAGUACACAUAAACGCAACGCAAUAGCAAUAGCAAAUACCAACAUUGUCAUUAUAUAUAAUAUAUAUAGUAUAUUGAAUACAGUUAGUUAGGUAUACGAAUACGAUAUAUAUAUACAUAUAUAUAGUAUAUAAGUGUAUAAGUGCAACAACACCAAUAGGAAAUAUGAAGUUAGUGAAAAUUAUGUGAAAACAAAUCCGUGUAAAAAUGUGCGAAAAUAGCGAAAAAAGCAAAAACAAAAUUUCUGUGCAAAAUGAGAUUUAAAAGUUAGCGAUAAAAUGCAAGCGCCGAAAUGUAUAUGCCGU